CUAUUUUCCUUCCUUCCCAUUUUCUUUACAUUCCUAACAAACAUAGGGUUAAAUAUAAGCCCAAAAUUGACACUUUCUUCUCACUAUCAUUUCUCAGUAUUCAUCUUGCUCGAAAUCUCAGUCACUCUCUUCUCAGUUUUCAAUGGCGCCUGUCAAGAAGAUUAAGAUCGGAAUCAACGGAUUCGGGAGAAUUGGGCGUUUGGUUGCUAGAGUUGCUCUCCAGAGAGACGAUGUCGAGCUUGUUGCCGUUAACGAUCCAUUUAUCACCACUGAUUACAUGACUUACAUGUUUAAGUACGAUUCCGUUCAUGGACCAUGGAAGCAUCAUGAACUUAAGGUCAAGGACUCUAAGACCCUUCUCUUCGGUGAGAAGCCCGUCACUGUUUUUGGUGUCAGGAACCCUGAAGAAAUCCCAUGGGGCGAGACCGGAGCCGACUUUGUUGUUGAAUCAACUGGAGUUUUCACUGACAAGGACAAGGCUGCUGCUCACUUGAAGGGUGGUGCUAAGAAGGUUGUCAUCUCUGCCCCAAGCAAAGAUGCACCCAUGUUUGUUGUCGGUGUCAAUGAGAAGGAAUACAAGCCAGAGUACCAUAUUGUUUCCAAUGCUAGUUGCACUACCAAUUGCCUUGCUCCAUUGGCCAAGGUUAUCAAUGAUAGGUUUGGAAUUGUUGAGGGUUUGAUGACCACCGUCCACUCCAUCACCGCAACCCAGAAAACUGUUGAUGGGCCAUCAAGCAAGGAUUGGAGAGGUGGAAGAGCUGCUUCCUUCAACAUUAUUCCCAGCAGCACUGGAGCUGCUAAGGCUGUUGGAAAGGUUCUCCCAGCUCUCAACGGUAAAUUGACUGGAAUGUCUUUCCGUGUUCCUACCAUCGAUGUCUCAGUUGUUGACCUCACAGUCAGGCUUGCUAAGCCUGCAUCCUACGAGGAGAUCAAAAAAGCGAUCAAGGAGGAGUCUGAGGGCAAAUUGAAGGGUAUCUUGGGAUACACAGAAGAUGAUGUUGUCUCUACCGACUUCAUUGGUGACAGCAGGUCAAGCAUCUUUGAUGCCAAGGCCGGAAUUGCUUUGAAUGAGAACUUUGUGAAACUUGUGUCGUGGUACGACAACGAAUGGGGUUACAGUUCCCGUGUGAUUGACUUGAUUGUCCACAUUGCUUCCCAAUGUUGAACAAAACAAAACAAAACCUGUGGAGAUUGAAGGCUAUUUAGUUGAGUCUCUAUAAGGUUCAGUUGUUUGUUGUGUUUAAAAAGUGUUUUGAGUUGAGUUUCGAAUAAGCAAAAUGAGGCCUAAGCCUUUUGGCUUUUGGUGUUUUGAUGUUACAUUUUGAUCAGUUUCGAAGAACCUGUAAUGGUGCUAGUUACAUGUAAACAGUCACAUGGUUUUCCUUCUCUUCCUAUGUAAUUUUUAAGAAGCGAUGGCUUUUUUAUUCUCGGAAGAACUUCGUUACUUUGAUAUCAAAUGCCUUCAUUUUCA